UUUUGGGAUUUUUAGGAUUUUGUUUCUAUUAUGUUCUUUGCCUUUCCAGGUGGAUUGAUUGAAAAAAUGGUUAAAAUUAGAUCUGGAUUGUGAAUAGAAUUGAGUGUGACUGAGGGCAAAAAAGGACAAAGAAGUGAGUGUUUGGGGUAAAUUAUAAAAGAAAAGUUGGAGUCUUUUCUUGUCUUUCUCUGUUCUUUGGACAAGUUCAAGAUUCUCCAUAGUGGUGCCAAAACAUUGGACUACUACUUAAUUACUUAUGCCUAAAUGAGAAGGUUAAACAAAGGGUUAAAAAAACUGGGGCACUUUGGACCGAUUAGAGGUGAUGAAGGCCCUUCUGCAUAGACUAUAUAGGCAAGGUGUGAAAACCUGGGAAUUGACCGGGAGCGAUUCUUGGACAAGGGUUCUGGGGCUUAAGAUUAGUCUACGUAAACAUAAUGUAUCAAAAGAAAAAAAAAUGGAGCCCAAAUGAGAGUAUCUUUCAUCAGCUACUUUAUUCUUACCAUGCCAGGUCAAAAGUUCCAAAGGCAAAUGGGGUAUGGUGGCUGGGGAAAGAGUGCAGAGAGGAAAAGAUGGGAAAGAAAAAAAGUAUAUGAUGCAAAUAGUGAAAAGCAAGAAAAGACUAUGCCUAUAAUCCUUCUUGGCCAUAAUUUUCUUUUGGAUAAGUGAUUUUAGUGGAAACCUUAUUUUUUCUUGGUAGAUAACUGUGAUUUCAAUGAGGCAACUCAAUCUUUACUGGUUGUAGUUAAUGGAUGUCUUUUUCUCUUAAUUAUAACCAACCCUCUAUGCAACUCAACUUACUUGCUUGUCAUUAUGUUAUAUUGUUUUUUCUUAUUUUCAUUUCGCCUAGUGCUAACGGUCUAGUUGUGCCUUUUCUUUCUCUUUGUGGUGGGCGCUCAUCGUCAAUUUCUAUACAGGAAUAUGUCAUCAUUAUAUCGCCUUAUGCCCGUUAUCACAUUUUGUUUGUGCUGUGCUGUGCUGCCUUUUUUACUAACCUGUCAUAGCUCAUGAUGAUUCAUGGCAGAUGUGCUCGGUUUAUCAUUAGCUCAAGGUAUUCUAUGGAGAAUUUGCAGCUUUCUUGAAAUUAAAGUCUUGUUUGCCAGAUGGAUUUUUGCUCUCCUAAACUCGAGUAUGAAGGAAGAUCAGCAGCCUCGAGUUUUCUGUCAUUCGAGUCUUUGCAAGGAGGAGGCAGAUUUGGUUUUCUUUGAAGAGAAAGCGGCGUUUGAUUCCAAUGAUCCCGGGCUUGAAAUCUCCCCGCUUGGCUCAUCCGUUGAUCGUAAAGAUCAAAUUUUCUCGUCUGACAUAUCAUCUGCAGCAGAGUUUUCACACUCAGAUCCCGACAACAGUGUUAUUAAAUGUGAGCUCCAUGAGUUAACAGUGUACAAUGUUGUCAAAGACAUCUGUGUCGAUGAGGGGGCUCGUGGUGUGGAUAAGAUUUCAAUCGAAAGGUGGACAGGCGAUGAUCAAGACAAAAACCGUGAUAUCCAAGAAGAUGAUGACAGUAAAUUGCUCUCUGAAGAUCAAUCAAAACCAAGAGACGUCGAUGGUGGUGAUGUUGCUGAUGAAUGUACAACAAAGGAAAAGGAAGAUAUCGAACCAAUUGUUCCAGAUCGUCGAGAAUUUUCCUCAGAAGUCGAUGAUAGCAAAGGCACUGCUAAGGAUGCUUUUGUAGAAUCAACAAAUGAACAGAAUUCUCAGAUGCCUUCUGAAGAGACGAACACAGCUGAGAAAAACGCUGAAAACCUCCCCGAACCUGUCCUCAUCUCAGAGCCUUUGCACGGGGUAGAGAAUUCUGAUAAAACUUCAGCCUCGAACGCCAUCCCGUGCAGCCACAAUGCUCGUGGGCAACUGCCCGAGUUAGAAGAUAGGCCUAAUCCUGAGGAUAAGGCCUCCAAUUACCUUUUGAUUGCCAGCAGCAGAUCAGAUCGGUUUACAGACGGGGAGACUAGUUUCUCUGCAGCAGGUCUAGUUGCAUACUCGGGGAGCAUUUCUCUUCGUUCAGACAGUAGCACAACGAGCACCCGAUCCUUUGCCUUCCCGGUAUUACAAUCAGAGUGGAAUGGCAGCCCCGUAAGAAUGGCAAAACCGCAGAAGAAAGGCUGGAGGCACAGUAUUCUCUGCUGUAGAUUCUGAAUUCUCUUACCAUUUCAUCUAUAGGCUCUUAGGUUGGUAUAUACAUCACAAAAACCCGAGGUUCACAAUUCAUUGCUAUAUUGGUUUUUUAUUGGGUGAUGAGGAAAACCCGCAGCCACUACUCGAGAGUGUGCACUGGUUUUCGAGUAUACAUGUUGAUAUCAUCUUUAGGCUAUUGGGUGCAGUUUCUAGUAGGGUUUAGCAUUGCUUGGAGUUGCAGAUUCAAGGUUUACUAUAUUAUAUUUAGGUUUAGGAAGUUUUGCCAAAUUGUUCUUUAGGCAAUUUCCUUGCACAUACAAUCUUUGAUCAAUGGGAUUUGUUGAGUUGGUAAAUAUAAUCUAUUAGACUCGAACAAGUUUAA